AUGAAAACUAUCGAAGUAUCAGCAGUUCUUAUGAUUCCUGUACUUUUAUUUGGCAUGUUCGGUAAUCUAAACUUGCUCAGUGCAACGUACAGAUUCAAACAGCUCCGAAAUCGCAACGGAAUUUUGGUUGCAUUAAUCGCCUUUUUGGACUUUAUAAGUGAAUUACAUGAAUCAAAGAAUGCGAUUGAAGUACUGUCUGGCAAAUCACUGAUGCCACGCAACGUGUGUUUUCGCUCGAUUUUUCUGUAUUUAGUUUCAUUCAACAUGGCUUGCGUCGCGAUUCUUUUCCUGGCCAUCGAUAGGUUCAUUGCCGUUUGGUCACCGCUGAGGAUCCCGUCUGAUUCGGCAGCACUGGGAUGGCGAUUGGCAUUUUGCAAUGCGUCUGAUACGAUAAAACUGACGAUGAAAAAAAAAAAGCGGCGAAGUUCAGUUACGGUAGCUUGCUUUUGGAACGACUUGCGGAGCAUGGAUAGAUAA